AUGGACGGAGACGACGACGACGCUUUCCUGUACGGAGAUGGUGAUGGUCCCCCCGCCGCUGCCGCAUCGAGCACAAGCCAGGACACUAAGCAGACUGCCGUGCAACAAAGUUCCGACACCGCUGCGGGCCCCGAGGAUGUGAACAUGGAGGGCGGCACCGAGGAACAGGAGGGGGAAGAUGAGGAGGAGGAGGAUGACGACGAGGAAGAGGAUAGCGAUGACGUGAGUUGUACCUCACGGCAUGCAGGGCGUCCGUACAGUUCCCGCUGACUGUGCGCCUUCCUUGUCCACCUAUGCUAUUUGUACAGGAUCUGGAAGUCGUACUGGACGCCAGUCAAGCCCCUGCUCGACCUCCCGCCCAGCCCUAUGUCAAGCCUGCAGCCGUUCCAGCUCAAGCUCGCCCAGAUGCUCCGAGAGGUAAGUGAGAGUAGAGGCCAACUGUUCGGAAAGACGUGUAUUCAUCUCAUCCGACGACGUAUCAUCCUAUGCUCGCUGCUGCUUUGGCAUACAGGACCCGCAGCAUCGACCAUGACAACGGAGUACGAGCCUGUGCAGCGCGGCUCCCUACCUUCCCGAGCCGGCGCGGCUACAGCGAUUGGGACUCUCAACACAGCCUCAGGCGCUAGAGCUACACCGACAUCUGCCCUCUCAGCUGCACCCCAAGGCCAGGCGCAAGAACAGCCACCAAAGAGCAGCGCGAGCGCGACGCUCCAGCCCAAUCCCUUGGGACCCUUUCAGCAAAGCCGUCCAACCGCAGGACCUCUACCAGCUCCUGAGCUCCCUGCCGUAUCAGCGCCGCCUACAGCGCCGCCUCUGCACCUUUCGCCUGACCCAGCAUCGCUCACUGUGCCCCUGUCAGUGGCGAAUGGCGACGCUGCAAAUGACGAGAAUGGGCCCGAUGGCGCUGUUGCAGGAACAGUUGCCGGGACUAGCAUCUACGAUGUAGAUCCCACCACCUUCUCGGAGAAGCCUUGGAGGAAAGCGGGAGCUGAUUUGAGCGACUGGUUCAAUUUUGGCUUUGAUGAGGAGACGUGGAAUAGGUACACAGAUAUCAAACGUGGCAGGACAGAGAUGAGAGAGCGAUUCGAGAGAGAGGUGAGUAAACGAUCGUUGAAGGGCCUGCCCGCUGCUGUCGCCUAACCGCUGCCUUUCAAAAUUUUGGCUUAUUGCGAAACACAGUCCCCCGAGCCAGCCAAGGAACGCGAUCCGGACAGUGCAUUGGCGAAGCUGAGUCCCAUGCAGGUGCAACAGUUGCAAAGCAUGCAACCAAUGAUGCCAGGCAUGACCCUAGAGCAGAUCGCGCUUUUCAUGGGCAUAGGCUUGGCAGCACCUGCGCCACCUCCACCACCUCCAACGUUGCCGCCUUCUGGCCCUCAGCAACAGGGGUAUCAAUCUCAAGGAGGACAACUUCAGCAACAACAGAUGCACCAAUAUCCAGGUCAUCCUGGCCAACAGCCGCCCCACCAGUUCACUCCAACCGGUCCUGCUGAACCGGGCCAGCAAGCUGGGAUGCCAUCCGGCCCUGCGGGAGCGAGAGGCCGAAUUCCUUCCAGUGCGCCUGUCGAGGGCGCCACUGCCACACCCCCGCCUGGAGCUCCCAACGCGCCCGCUGCGGUCCGCGCUGCACAGGCACAGGCGUUGCAGCACGAUCAGAAUGGAUCAAGUAAUAUGACUCCCGGUCCGAGGGCGGAGGGCGCGCCGUCCGGUAGCAACGAGAAUGGGGGUGAGUCGCGUGCGCUCUGAUGUCAAAGCACCAUAUUCUAAUCGUGGCUCGCGGACUCACACCUUCGCGCCUUGAUAUCUAGCAGAACGCAAGACAAAUGGAACAGGGGCUGCUGAUGCCACAGCCGAAUCGGAUGGGCCCCGAGGCGAUGCGAAGAGAGUGAGUUGGUAUCCAUGCUCUCACGCGCAUGUGGGAUUGCGCGCCGCUUGCAUCACGUGCUGAUACAGCUCGCUGCUGCUUGCUUUCCGAAUCAGGGCGGCCGAGCAGCGAGAGGUGGAAGCGCCAGAGGCUCGGCAGCAAGCGGCGUGCCUCACAUACCAACCGGCCCCUCCAAUCCUGGCUUGAAGUCCAAUGUGCCCAUUCCCACUGGGCCGCGCAACCCAGGACGGAGGUACAAUGACCGAGAUUCUGGAGCAGGAGAUGCUGAGAAUCUGGACUACGGAGGUGGCGGUGGUGGAGGUUCAGCUCGCCCAGAAAGGAGCUUGAGCCCAUCAGAGGCUCGAGGGAGCUCGACAAGUCGGGAGGCUAGAGGCAGCAACAAUACUCGAGAGGAAAGACCGCGCGCGGAUCGGAGAGGCAGGGGCCGCGAGGAAGAGUCAAGAUACUCUAGAGAACGAGACGACGAUCAGGACAGCGUAUCGGGCAGGAACUCGCGGCGAUCGGCGCGUAGGAGUGGGCACGACUCAAGCUCCCACCACGAUGCUGAUUUCGACGGACCUCCUCCUUCUAAGGAUCGAGAUUCGCACGCGCGGGGUGGCUACACAGACAGAGAGAGGGAGCGUGAACGUGAGCGGGAGAGAGAGCGGUCCAGACACUCUUCGGUUGCUGUCAGCAUUGACGAGGAGGGAAGCGGCAGUGGAAGCGGUGCUCGCAGCAGAAGGGAUAGGAACGACCAUCGAGAGCGGGAGAGAAGCUCUCGCGGCUCUGAAGUAGAUCGCGAACGCGAGCGAGAGAGGGACAGGGGAAAGGAAAGGGAGAGCAAGGAGUCAAGAGAAGGUGCUAGGAGCGAGGCCAGAGCUGCUAGACGAGCUGGCCGCGCGACCACUGACGAGAAGACUGCCACAACGAAUACGUCAUCGACGUCGAGCGCGAGAACCAAGCGCUCUGCCCCUGCAGACCCAAAGGAAGUGGAGAGCAGCUCGGUAUCUAGGAAGCGUCGAUGA